GCCGGGGCGAUGCUGGCGGUGCUGGCCGCCGCCUGGUCCCUGCUGGCCGCCGCCUUCCUGGCGGCGCUGCUGCUGCUCCGGUGGGCCCCGGCGCCGCGGCCCGGUGGCGCUGGCCCGGUGAUCUCCGGCCUCUUCCAGGACCUCAUUCGCUACGGGAAGACGAAGCGCCGGUGCGGGCAGCUCCCGGGCUGGCUGCGGCUCCUGCAGGUGCCCAAGAGGUGGUUUACUCACUUUUAUGUGGUUUCUGUGCUCUGGAAUGGUUUCCUGCUGAUCUGUCUUUUCCGAGCUGAGUUCCUUGGAGAGUCACUCCCAUCAUGGAUUCAGGACAUGCACCAUGCUCUUGGCAGAGAUUCUCAGAGCAAGGACACAGAUAGUGAACACUUCUCUGCACUCCUGGUUCUCCUGCUCCUUUGGCUGCAUAGCUGUCGAAGACUUGCAGAAUGCCUCUGGACCAGUGUGUUUUCCAGUGGUGUCAUUCAUAUCGUGCAGUACUGCUUUGGACUUGGUUACUACAUUGCUGUUGGCUCAACUGUGCUGUGUCAAGUGCCUACUAAUGUCAGAAAUGGAAAAAAGCUUUCUGUGCAGAUCUGCUGGUAUCACAUCAUAGGAGUUAUGACGUACAUUUGGGCCUCUCUUCACCAACACAGAUGCCUUGCAAUUCUAGCUAAUCUUAGGAAAAGCAGAUCAGGAAAGGUUGUAAGUCUGAGCCACAGUGUACCUUUUGGAGACUGGUUUGAGAGUGUCUCUUGUCCUCAUUAUUUUGCAGAGCUCCUCAUAUAUGUUUCUAUGGCCAUCACACUUGGAAUGCACAAUGUGACAUGGUGGUGUGUAGUGAUGUAUGUUCUUUUUAACCAGGCACUGGCUGCUGUUUUGUGUCAUGAGUUUUAUCAUAAAAACUUUAGCUCCUACCCAAAGCAUCGAAAAGCAUUUAUACCACUUGUUUUUUAGAGAAUUUUUUCUAAAGUAUUUUCAUGAAAAUCGGGAAUAAAAGAGAUUAAUGGUUUAUUAAAACCCAGGUAAAGUUGCACACUUUCUCUAAUUCUACCUCAAAAGCUCAUAAUUUUAAUGAUAAUCUCGUCCAUGUAACCAAUUUUUGAGGAACUGUAAGGUCUCUACAUAUCAUGGAAGCUAAAAAAGGUUUACUGAACACCUUAAUUCAAAGUGGAGAGAUGCUAAUUGUGUCUUUUUUAUAAUUAUAUCUUAUGCAUAAAACACUUGCUGUUGUGCAGCAAGUCCAAAUUCAUAUCUGUGAAAACUAUUGAAAGGAAGUAAUCAUUUGAACUACUGUAUUUCAUGUCUUGACUAAUAUUUAAGCAUAUUUCUUUCCAAGUCUCUUUUCUUUGAAUCACUUCAGAGGGAGGUAAAUUGUGUAUCUUUCUGUGCUUCCCUGGUGACAGUGAAAACCAGCCUCUGCUUUACAACUGGAAGCACAAAAAGCAAUGGAGAAAGCUGUGGUGGUGGAGUGACUCAUGCUCAGCAGUGGAGAAAAACAGACCCAUUCGCUGCAUUAUCUCUUCUGCACCAAAGUGGUUUUGUUCAUUGAUGAAGACUGCUUUCCCCCUAAACUGGGAAAAUGGUGGAAUGUCCUCUGACUGAAAAGAGAGUGGAAGAGAAUUUGCAGAAAAUUAA